AUGAAUAAAACCCGUGAUAGCUACUCGGCGAAUGUCACAAUCUUCAACUGCUUGAAGAAUCACGACAUUGAAGGGCCAUGGAAAUUAUGGUGGAUAUGGAGCAAAUCUGAAAUCCUAUUGAGCACUGUUGGUGCUGAAGGUACACAACAAGGGACUGAUUUGGUGGAUGAGAAUACGCGGCGCAUGAACAGAGUGAGUGUUGUCGAUUUACCACCACAAACUAAGGCUAAGCACAAAUCCACAUCGUCGAAUCUAGCUUUGUUUCUUUUCUCUGUGUUGUGA